GGGCUCUUGUAUCAGGAAUAUCGAGAUAAAUCUACACGCCAGGAGAUUGAAACCAGACGAUUGCAGGAUUCACAGACAGACCCUGAGGAGAGUUCACCCAGUGAGGAAACCCCAUCUGAAGCAGAACCUACAAGUGCAACUGAAAGCAAAGCUCCACCACAAAUCAGUUUGCUGAGGAACUCCAACUCCAGGUUCAACUUAUGGCAGGAUCUUCCUGAGAUCCGGAGCAGCGGGGUCCUCAGCAUACUCCAGCCAGAUGAGAUCAAGCUGCAGGAGGCCAUGUUUGAGCUGGUUACUUCCGAAGCCUCGUAUUACAAGAGUCUGAAUCUACUGGUGUCUCACUUCAUGGAGAACGAACGUCUGAAAAAGAUCUUACACCAGUCUGAGGCGCACAUCCUCUUCUCCAAUGUCCUGGAUGUCAUGGCUGUUAGUGAGCGCUUCCUGUUGGACCUCGAGCAGCGGGUGGAAGAGAAUAUUGUGAUCUCAGAUGUGUGCGAUAUUGUCUACCAGCAUACAGUUAAUCACUUCUCUGUGUACAUCACCUACGUCUCCAACCAGACCUACCAGGAGAGAGCUUACAAGCAGCUUCUCCAGGACAAGCCAGCUUUCCGGGAAGUGAUCUCACAGCUGGAGCUGGAUCCCAAGUGCAAAGGCCUGUCCUUUUCUUCCUUCCUGAUUCUGCCAUUUCAAAGGAUCACUCGGCUCAAGCUGCUGGUGCAGAAUAUUUUGAAGAAAGUGGAAGAGAAGUCUGACAGGGAAACCACUGCCCUGGACGCACAUAAAGAGCUGGAAACAGUGGUGAAAGCAUGUAAUGAAGGUGUCAGGAAGAUGAGCCGAACAGAGCAGAUGAUCAGCAUCCAGAAGAAAUUGGAAUUCAAGAUCAAGUCUGUGCCCAUCAUCUCUCACUCUCGCUGGCUGCUGAAGCAGGGGGAAUUGCAGCAAAUGAAUGGUCCAAAGACAUCACGAACGCUUCGCACCAAGAAACUCUUCAGAGAAAUCUACUUGUUCCUUUUCAAUGAUCUACUGGUAAUUUGCCGGCAAAUUCCUGGGGACAAGUACCAAGUGUUUGACUCGGCUCCCCGGGGGCUUCUUCGGGUAGAGGAGUUAGAAGACCAGGGGCAGAGUUUGGCCAACGUCUUCAUCUUGAGGUUGCUGGAGAAUGCAGAUGACCGGGAGGCCAGCUACAUGCUGAAGGCAUCGUCCCAGAGUGAAAUGAAGCGCUGGAUGAUUUCGCUGGCCCCAAACCGGAGAACCAAGUUCGUUUCAUUUACAUCCAGACUUGUUGACUGCCCGCAGAUCCAGUGCGUCCACCCAUACGUGGCCCAGCAGCCAGAUGAGCUGUCCUUAGAACUGGCUGACAUCCUCAACAUCCUGGACAAGACAGAUGAUGGCUGGAUAUUUGGGGAGCGUCUUCAUGACCAGGAGAGGGGCUGGUUCCCCAGUUCUAUGGGGGAGGAGAUCCUGAACCCCAAAAUCCGAGCCCAGAACUUGAAGGAGUGUUUCCGGGUGCACAAGUCAGAUGACAGUCAGCGGAGGAAACUGGGCAGCAGAAACCGCCAAUGACCUCUGGUGUCCCCAAGUAUCUGGAGUGCCUCUGGAAGAGGGGCAGAGGACAGAGGCUGCCAGCUGGGAGGAUGUGGCGGUGGUGCUGUGGGCCAUGGUGCAGGACCUGGUGUGCCGGACUAGGCACAUGACCCCCCGAACAAACAGACUGCUUCCCACCAUGCUUCCCACAGCACUGAUCCUUUCCUGGAGAUCAGUGCUUUGAACUGGCUAAAAUAACUCCUUUCCAGAUAUUCUGUAAAGCCCCAAAGAGCACAAGUGAAACGGACACAGCCUGAAGGCCACCAGGUGUCAGCCAGCUGACC